CUGAAACAAGCCGACUAACUAGAGCAGAAGCAAGUGUCGGGGCUAUAGCCUCCGCUAGCAUCCAUUCACUGACAUCAAGGAAACGCCGUUUCAUCCCAGCUAAUAUCAUCAACACCUAUUCAGAAUGGAGCUGUAUGAUUCUCAGUACCUGCUGAUCCUGGCUCCCUCCCUGCUCAUCGCCCUCCUCUUCCUCUUCUUCUGGCUCUUCAUGCGGGAGCCGUCGUACGACGAGGUGCUGGCGCGGCACAAGCGCGACCUCAAGCUGCCGCCCGCCAAGCCCGAUGCCCGCAAGAAGGCCGGCGGCAAAAAGAAGGGCAAGAAGAAGGAGGGCGGGGGGCCAGGGGGCGGGGCGGGCGGCGCGGGCGAGGGCGAGUCGGACUCGGACCCGCGGGACCUGGACCUGACGGACGCGGUGGCCUCCAGCGAGGAGGAGCUGCCGGCACAGCCCGCCCCCAGCGACGCCCCCUCAGGCCUGCGGGAGAGGAAGAGGAAGGAGAAGAAACAGCAGGCAGCCCCCGCCCACCCCGCCGGUGGCCCCGCCCCCCUCGAAGAGCCCAGCCCCGUCCAUGAGGUCAACGGCUCCAAACCCACACCGCACAAGAACAAAUCGCCCAUACCAGUCGCCAAGCAACCAAGCCCGCCCCCUGCUGAUAAGAAGGGCUCGCAGAAGAAGGCGGGGAGCGAGGCCGAUGAGCUGCAGCUGGAGACCAAAGUGGAGCAGGACCCUACCCCGAUCAAAAAGGAGGCCCCCGUGACCAUGGAAACCAAAACGCAGGACAGCCCAUCCACUCCACCCACUCACACCCCCACCACCAGCGGGGGCAAGAAGAAGAGCUCGUCCAAGAAGCAGAAGGUGGAGCCUGCAGCCCUGGUGGAUGAAGCCCCCAUUAAGGCGUCUGUGUACGUCCCCCUCAAGGACGGUGACUCUGCAGCCCCUGCCGACACCCUCCAAGACAGCACCCCCUCCAAGAUUAACGCCAAGAGGCCGAAGAACGAGGCAGACAAAGAGAGCGCGGAGGGGAGACUCGGGGAGUUCCUGGCGGGGCUGCGGAGCCUGCCGCUGUCGGAGAAGGAGGCAGCGUGCGUGGCGGCCGUACUGAAGGAGAAGAGCCCGACUGCCCUGGACGCCUGGCAGAGGACUGCAGUGGACCCGCAGCCCUGGGCCCAGCAGCUGCAGGACAGAGAGCGCCGCCUCGCCACCCUCCAGGAGGAGGCCUCCAUCGCCAAGGAGAAGGUCAAGCAGCUCAGCCAGGAGCUGCAGGUGGAGAAGCAGAAGACGGGGCGUGCGGAGGCCGUGCUGCGGGACCAGCGUGGGGCCUUGGAGAAGGAGCUGAGCGUCCUGCAGGCCAAAGCCCAGGGCAGCUACCAGGAGGCACAGGGCAUGCAAAUGAAGUUCCAGCAGCUGAGGGAGCAGCUGGAGGGGCAGAUCUCCCGGCUGCAGCAGGAGAACGGAAUCCUGAGAGACGCCGUCAGCACCGCCACCAACCAGAUGGAGAGCAAGCAGUCGGCAGAGCUGAACAGCCUUCGCUCGGAGUACGCGGGGCUGAUGCAGGAGCUGGCGGAGAACAACAGCAAGCUGCAGCAGGAGGAGCUGCAGAGGAAGACUCUGGAGGUCAACUACAAGCAGAACGUCUCUCAGCUGGAGGCUCAGCUGCAGGAGGGCCAGCGGCGCUGGGAGGAGCUCCAGGGCUACCUGCACAGCGUCAACGCCGAGAGGGAGCAACUGCAGGCAGCCAAGCAAGAGCUGCAGGCCCAGCUGGUGUCUGCGGAGUCAGAGGUGACCAGCAAGAAGCAGGAGAUCCAGACGCUGCACAGCAGCCUGACCGACACCAUGGUGUCCAGGGAGCAGCUGGAGCGCAGGGUGCUGGAGCUGCUGGAGGAAUCCCAGCACGGCCGGCCCGAGGAGGCCGCGCAGGUGCAGGAUCUCAUGAAUGAAAACAAAUCCCUACAAGUCCAGGUUGAGACCCUGCAGGCCCAGAUUACUUCUCAGACCACCACCCUGUCGCACUUUGAGGAGCUUCAGAGACUGCUGGCAGAAAAGGAGCUCCAGAGGAAGAGCCUUGAGGACUCUCUAAAUGCAGAGAGGAGCAGCGGUGCAGGUCGGGAGUCUGAUAUGCAGGCCAUGCACACAGACAACCUGACACUGAAGGCGGAGCUUCAGAAUCUGCGGGAUCAGAUGUCUGAACAGACUGCUUCUCAGCUGGUCCUGGAUCAGCUUCAAAAGAGAGUGCAAGAGAAGGAUGAGAAGAUUAGGACAGCGGAGGAGCUGUUGGAGUCGUGCCUUAUCAAGGCAGCUGACAAAGAGGAGGAGCUGAAGAAACUGAGGGAGGAGUGUUCCUCCCUGAAACAGGAGGUGGAAACGCUGCAGCGAGCUGAGCAGCCUUCCAUGCAGUCAGUAGUGGAGGAGCUGCAAAGAACGGUUCAGGAGAAGGAGGAGAGGCUGCAGGCGGAGCUGGAGAGCCGGUCCAACCGGCAGAAAGCUGUGGAGGCUCUGGAGCAGCAGGUGCAGGCCCUCAAGGCGGAGCUGGAGCAGGCCAGGCUCAGAGAGGCGAAGGCGAGCGCCUCCAGCGCUCAGCUGCAGGAGCUCCAGGCACUGCUGGCUGCCAGAGAGGAGGAGGUGCGGUCCCUCCAGAGGGCCAUGGAGGAGGGAGCGCGGGAGGCGGCCAGCAGGGAGCAGCAGCUGCAGGCACUACAGCAGGAAGGUUCAUCACUGAGGGAGCAGCUGGAGCAGCGGCAGGUUCCAUCAGGAGCCCCCAGCCAGGAGCUGCUGACUGCACUGGCAGAGAAGGACGAGCGAGUGUCUGAGCUGCAGCGUGAGGUGAAGGAGCUGCAGGGAGCGCUGGAGAAGCACCAGAGGAAGAACAAUGAGCUCCGGGAGAAAAACUGGAGCGCCAUGGAGGCUCUGUCCGCCACAGAGUCGCUGCUGCAGGGGAAACUGAGCCGGAACGCCAAGGAGAGCCAGAAGGCCCUGGAGUCCGUGGAGGCGGAGUGUCGCAAGGUUCUGCACAGACUGCUCCCUGCGGUGCCCCUGCCCAACAGUCAGAAACACCAGGAGUGGCUGCAGGAGUUUGAGAGAGCAGCAAAGGAAGCCAUGGCGGCAGAGACGAAUGCGGGCUCCAGCGCGGAGUCAGAGGACACCAAGAUGCUGGAAGAGAAGCUGAAGGAGUCUGAGGAGGCCCAGGUGGCUCUACUGAAGGACUGCGAGACGUACAAGAAAGUGCUGGCGGAGACGGAGGGCAUCCUUCAGAGGCUCCAGAGCAGCGUGGAGCACGAGGAGACUCGCUGGAGGCUUAAGCUGGAGGUGUCCCAGGAAGAGCUGAGAGAGGCGAACCUGAAGGUGAUGGAGCUGGAGAAUGAGGUGGACAGACUGGAGAGUGUGAGGCUGGACGGGCAGUGCUUGGUGUCUGAACUGGAGAUGGCCAAACGCGAGAGCGCCACCUAUGCUGUGGAGGUCAGAGAGUUGAAGGCCCAGCUCUCGGAGAAGGUCUGCAGGCUGGAGGCGGAGGAGAGUCAGAGGCACAAGGUGGCUGGGGACCUCUGCAGGGCACAGCGGUCUCUGGACCUGAUCCAGGUGGAGAUCCAGAAUGAGUCAUCGCCAGUGGACCUGAUAGAGAACAAUUCCAUCACUACUCAGAGGGAUGAGACGGGCAGCAAGAAGGAAAAGAUGGCGGCCGGACUCCACGAGACAGUGAGGGAGCUGCAGCAUCUCCUGCAGGCUCUCAACAAACAGCUCACCGAGGGCCAGGAGGGGGAAGGAAUCAAGUACCUGCCAGAUCCAUAGGGAGCAGAUUAGACGACCCCACCCUCAGCCUUACCCUCCCCACCCUGAUCCAGUCACAAACACUGACCUCCCCGGUUUUGCCCACGCCUGCCCCUUUUCUCUCACCCACGGGGGCCUCACGGGGUCAUGACCCCAUGGCCCUCUGGGAUUGGGCGAGCUGGGUCAGGAGGGUGAACUGACACUCCAAAAUCCUUAAAACACUGCAGAAAAAGCCACCCCAUAUUCUUCAGACAACACCCCGAAAGCAAGAGGCAGGUUUUCAAACUCACCAACCUUUCACGCCGUUUCGUUAUCUGUGUUUUCGUUGUUAGGUUUAACAGACCCCUUUUGGCAGUUUUUGUCCUUUAUUUAAAGGAAAUAAUGGUAAUAACACGUAAGAUAACAUCGGUAAAAUAGCACUGGUAAAAUAACAUGGAGGAUCUUGAUUAAUUGCUGUUCACUACAUUUUCCAUCCUUAAAGUCGGUGCUUAAAAGCACAUGAUAGAUGCACUACGGGUCUGGUCCAGGAGGGUUCUGGGUUUUGGGUUCAGGGAGCAGGAUGCCUCCGAGCCAUUGCCAAGUGACUGACUUGCUGAGUUGGGACAAAGGCCCAGACACUCAGAAAAGCAGGUUUAUUUUAAUUUACUAGCAUAAAGACAGAACCACCCCCUGUAUUUUCCCUAAUUUAAUUAAUUCUGAUUGUUUUUUGUUUGUUUGUUUUUUGUAAGAAAAAAAGGUGAAGGUUACGUUUAAAACGAUUAAAAG